UCUAAAUGAUUGUCGAUCUCUAAAACUACUAAACUGGGACUGACGGGAAGAUUCGAAGAGCGGAGGGAAGCGAAGAUUCACUGCCGCAGCAUCUCCACUGUUUCUCGUUAGGGAUUCCUCUUCUUGACCGUCGUCGGAGCCCGCAACUCUACCACGCGUGCCCUUAGGGUAACGCUAGGGAGAAGAAGGGUAUAAGAAGAGGAAGUGGACGUCGAUAUGAUGGAUGCGAGUCUAGAGCUUCAGGAAUCCGGUUGGGAGGAGCUAAGGAAGGAGGCGAGGAAGAUCGAAGGGGAACUUGACAUUAAACUAUCUUCUUACGCCAAACUCGCGGCCAGAUUUUCCCACUCUUCAGGUAUUGUGGAGAUUGGAUCACCUAAUAUUGGACCAAAUAGGUCUUGGAAGUCUACUGAAAUGGAAAUAGAAUCCUUACUAGAGAAGUUACUAGACAUUAAUGAUUCCAUGAGCCGAUGUGCUGCAUCUGCAGCAUCAACCACAUCUAUUACACAGAAGUUAGCAAGGCACAGGGAUAUACUGCACGAGUACUCACAGGAGUUUCGACGAACCAAACAAAACUUGAAUUCUUUGAGGGAUCAUGCUGAACUACUUAACUCUGUCAGAGAUGACAUAACCGAAUCUAAGUCAUCAGGAAGUAUGUCCCCCAGGGUGCAUCUUUUACGGGAAAGAGCAUCAAUUCAUGGAAGUAUAAGCCAUAUUGAUGAAGUGAUAAGCCAAGCUCAAGCUACAAGAUCAGUUCUCGGCACACAACGAGCUUUCUUUGGACAUGUUCAGGGUAAAGUUAAACAAUUGGGCGAUAAGUUUCCGAAGAUCCGCGGUCUAUUAGGUGCUAUCAGAAGAAAACGCUUGAAAGACACGCUUAUCCUUUCAGCAGUCAUCGCUGCCUGCACACUAUUUCUAAUUGUCUACUGGCUUUCAAAAUAAUAGGAAAGAUUAGUCUUUUUCUGCUACAAAUUAAAGCUUGGGGGCAAAUUAUUUAUUUA